CGGAUUUCUUCUAUCAGAAAGGGACAUCAUACAGAGUGAAGAGAUGGAGUGAUGAGAGAUAUAUAUCCCGAGGAGGCUGGGGUGAGGCGAAGGGAAGAGCAGAGAGGAGAGCACAAGGUCACCUCCCAUUCCGGAACCCCGUCCCCCAUAUCCUAUGGAUAGAGCGGUCGCGACAGCCGCAGACAUCCUCGUCAUGAUCCCAUCGCCUUCGCCUUCGCCUUUGUAGCACCGCCUCCUCAUCCACCCGCCCCCUGUUUCUUGGCCACUGCUUCCUGGACUGGAUCGGAUUGGAUCCCCGUCCGCCCGUUUCUUCGAGGAGAGAUGGCCGAAAUGGCCGUGACCGUCGCCGCCGCCGGCACCCUCCGGCCGUGCACCGGCGUGUCUGCGCGCGGUGCCGCGGUUCUUGGCCGGUGGCGGCCUCUUGUCCCGGCGGCGCCCGCUAUGCUGAGGAUGUUUCAAAGAUUGUCUUCUCCAGCUGUGAGGGUUCCUAGGGCUGCUUCCCCUGCAGCUGUUGAGCAGGAUGGGAGCAACACUGAUGCAGUCCCUACCCCGAAAGUUAUAAUAGAUCAAGACUCAGAUCCGGAUGCAACUAUUGUUGAAGUAACCUUGGGUGACCGUCUUGGCGAUCUUCUUGAUACAAUGAAUGCCCUGAAGAACUUAGGGCUAAAUGUUGUUAAAGCUAGUGUCUGCCUUGAUUCUACGGGCAAGCAUAACAAGUUUGCUAUAACUAAAGCGUCCACUGGCCGCAAAAUCGAUGACCCAGAGUUGUUAGAAGCAGUACGAUUGACGAUCAUUAACAACAUGAUACAAUAUCAUCCGGAGUCCAGCAGUCAAUUGGCUAUGGGGGCAACAUUUGGGCCUGAAGCCCCUGCAGAACAGGUUGAUGUGGACAUAGCAACCCACAUAGAUAUCUAUGCCGACGGCCCUGAAAGAAGCUUACUUGUGGUGGAAACAGCGGAUCGUCCAGGGUUACUGGUUGAUCUUGUUAGGAUCAUCUCUGACAUCAACAUAACUGUCCAAUCUGGAGAGUUUGAUACUGAGGGGCUAUUGGCAAAAGCAAAAUUCCAUGUCAGUUACAGGGGCAAACAUUUGACUGAGGCUUUGAAACAGAUUCUUUCUAAUAGCCUGCGCUAUUUCUUGAGACGGCCGACAACAGAGGAUGCCAGUUUCUAGCCAGAUAAUUAUGAAGGCCCCCCACCUGAGAUGGGAUUCACAUGAAUCUGAUAGUAUCAUCAAAGUUGUUGAAAUAAGCACAAUAAUUUUUUAAAAAGAUGGACUGAGGAGGUAUACUUGAUGUUUGGCAUCACACCAAUUUAAGGUUAGGCAAGGAAUCUGCUGUAUGAAGUGCAGAAGACUGCGAUGCCUAAAACAUGUAACGCAUGAUUGUUUUGCUACCUGGGAUGCAUUAUUUGGUGAUAAUAAGAUGGGACAUUGUGGGGGCCAUCAUCCAGUGUCUGGAUCAAAUGCUGUGUUUAUUUUGUACAUUUCAUCAGAUUAAUGAAAUUACAGAAAAUAAUCUUCUGGGUAACAACUAGAUGAAAUUUCUUUGAGAGUGCUGAACAGUGACUUAGUCCAAAGGGCAACCGUGGGCUAGCAGUCAAUUGUAGUUGAAAAUGUAAUAUGUACUUCAGUACGAUCUUUAAAAGCAUAUUUCUUGACCAUUGUAA